AAUAUUAUUUCGUUGAAAUUUCAGAUUCCGUUAGAUUAUUUAUUUAAAAUACAGAUGUAGAUUACGAUAAAAAUUAGGAAGUGAUCAUCAUCAUCUUAAUUAUAAGAAGUGAUGGUGGUACAAGAGACGUAAUUAGGAAGGUUGAAAUGGGUAGCUCAGGCAUUCCAAUAGUUGAUCUCUCUCCUUUCUUUAGAUCAGAUGGUGAUGGUGAUGAGGGUGAGAAGAAGAAAUGGAUGCAGGUGAUUGCUGAAGCCUGUUCCGAAUAUGGUUUCUUCCAAAUUGUAAACCAUGGGGUUCCCCUGAAUCUCAUGAGCCGAGCCCUUGAGCUCUCCACCACAUGGUUUCAGAACAACCCAGAUGAGGAAAAGCUUAUGUCUCGUGCUCCCUCUUGUUUACCUAUUCCUGCAGGUUACGGUAGGCAGCCGGAACACUCGUCGGACAAGAAUGAGUACUUGAUGCUCCUCCCACCCAACUCCGGCUUCAAUGUCUACCCCCAAAACCCACCUCAAUUCAAGGAAGUGUUGGAAGAGAUUUUCUCCCACUUAACCAGAACCGGUGAGGUUGUGGAGGGCAUAUUGAAUGCGUGCUUGGGCUUACCCCCGGAGUUCCUCAAGAAAUACAAUCAUGAUAGGAGCUGGGAUAUCAUGACGGCCAAGCAUUACUUCCCGGCAACUGAAAAUGAGAACAAUGGUAUCUCAGAACAUGAAGAUGGGAAUCUCAUCACUUUUGUGUUUCAAGAUGAAGUUGGAGGCCUACAAGUUCUCAAAAAUGGAGACUGGAUUCCGGUGACUCCUUCACAAGGCACAAUCAUUGUCAACAUUGGCGAUGUCAUUCAGGUGUUAAGCAACAACAAAUUCAAGAGUGCAACUCACAGGGUGGUGAGAAAGGAAGGACUUAGCAGAUUCUCGUAUGCUUUUUUCUAUAACUUGGAGGGAGACAAGUGGGUUGAACCGUUGCCACACUUCACCAAAGAGAUUGGAGAGGCACCAAAGUACAGAGGAUUCCAAUACAAGGAAUACCAGGAAUUGAGGAUCAGAAACAAGACCCAUCCACCCUCCAAACCUGAAGAUGCAAUCCACAUUACCCACUAUGCAAUAUGAUCUAUC